GUCGCCUCCUGUGGACUUUUAACCUGGAGUUCCUGUAGCUGAUUGCUAUUGCUGUGCAUUUCAAUAUUCGGUUGUUGCUGCUGUUCCUAUCUUUAAAACAUUUCCUAAAUAUGUCAUUCCCAGCAAAUCUUCCUUCUGAUUCUGUGGUUUAUGAUGUAGUGGUUGUAGGAUCCUGUAUGACUGACUUGGUCAGUUACACACCACGUUUACCUAAAGCGGGAGAAACGAUACAUGGGCACAAGUUUUUUAUUGGAUUUGGAGGAAAAGGUGCCAAUCAGUGUAUCCAGGCAGCACGACUCGGAGCCAAAUCAGCAAUGGUUAGCAAAGUUGGGAAAGAUUCAUUUGGAGAUAAUUACAUCGAAAACUUCAAAAGUAAUGGCGUGUCUACAGUCUAUGUGGGUCAAACAGAUGAAGCAUCGACAGGAGUUGCCCCUAUUACAGUGAAUGAUGAAGGACAGAACGCAAUCAUCAUAGUAGCUGGUGCUAACCUGCUGUUAAAUUCAGAAGAUUUGGAGCGAGCUUCCCAAGUAAUCGGUUGUGCGAAGGUGGUUGUCUGUCAGCUAGAAAUUCGACCUGCCAUCACAUUGGAAGCCUUGAAAAUAGCUCAUAAGGCUGGAGCGAAAACCAUCUUUAAUCCUGCACCGGCUGUUGCUGACCUUGAUCCCGAGUUCUACAAAGAGACAGAUGUCUUCUGUUGCAACGAGACUGAGGCAGAGAUUUUGACAGGCAUUGAAGUUAGCAACGUGGACCAUGCUGGAAAGGCAGGCUCCAUACUGCUGGAGAAGGGCUGCUGUUCGGUAAUCAUCACUUUGGGAGCAGAGGGCAGUGUGCUGAUGUCGCUGGACAAGCGGACUCCUCACUACAUUCCCACAAGAAAAGCAAAGGCAGUGGAUACUACGGGUGCAGGUGACAGCUUUGUGGGUGCCCUGGCAUUCUACAUGGCUCACUAUCCUUGCAUGGAACUGGACGAAAUGAGCAGAAGGGCCUGUGACAUUGCCUCGGUGAGCGUCCAAUCACAAGGAACUCAAGCUAGCUACCCCUACAGAGCACAGCUCCCACAGGAACUAUUUUAGGAAAAAGCUGCGCGUUUCAGGAAAAAAAUGAAGAAAUGGGCCAUUCAUCAUGGUAAUAUUCAUAGUUAAUUUUAUUGAUUUUUUUUCAAAUAACAAAUUGUAAAUAAAAGUGCAAAAGGAA